GGUAAUAUUUGAUGAAGUUCAUUAUGUGAACGAUGUUGAAAGAGGUGUUGUUUGGGAAGAAGUUAUUAUCAUGCUCCCCAGGCAUAUUAACUUUGUCCUGCUCUCAGCCACGGUACCAAAUACAAUUGAGUUUGCUGAUUGGAUUGGUCGGACAAAGAAAAAGCAAAUUCGUGUGACUGGGACAACAAAGAGACCUGUCCCUUUGGAGCACCACCUCUUUUAUUCUGGAGAGCUUUACAAAGUCUGUGAAAACGAAGAGUUUGUGCCUAAAGGACUGAAAGCUGCCAAAGAUGCUAGUAAGAGGAAGACCACAAGUGCUGUUGCUGGUGGAGCUGGAUCUUAUCCUGGGUCUUCUCCAUCCAAUGAUAGGGCUCGAGCUCACAGGCAUGAAAGUUCUCAUCAGGGAAAACAGACCAGGCAUUCUGGAUCCCAGAACUUAGGGAACUCUCGGGCUGUCUGGGGAAACCAGAACAAUGGCCUUGGCCCUAAUACAGGGUUGAGGAGAUCAGAGGCUACAAUGUGGCUAUCGCUGAUUAACAAGCUGUCAAAGAAAUCCUUGUUACCUGUGGUUAUGUUUUGUUUCUCAAAGAAUCGGUGUGAUAAAUCAGCUGAUAGUAUGACCACAACUGACCUUACAACUAGUUCGGAGAAAAGUGAGAUUCGGAUCUUCUGUGAUAAAGCAUUUUCACGGCUAAAGGGGUCCGAUAGGAACCUACCACAGAUUGUCAGAGUUCAAAGCCUUCUUCACCGGGGCAUUGGUGUGCAUCAUGCUGGACUGCUUCCAAUUGUCAAGGAAGUAGUUGAAAUGCUUUUCUGUCGUGGUUUGGUCAAGGUUUUAUUCUCAACUGAGACAUUUGCAAUGGGAGUGAAUGCCCCUGCAAGGACAGUGGUGUUUGAUACUUUAAGGAAGUUUGAUGGCAAGGAAUUUAGACAGUUACUCUCGGGAGAGUAUACUCAGAUGGCUGGUCGUGCUGGGAGGAGAGGACUGGAUGAGACUGGUACAGUUAUUGUCAUGUGUCGUGAUGAAAUCCCCGAUGAGAGAGAUCUAAAGCCUGUGAUAGUUGGUAGGCCAACUAGGCUUGAAUCUCAAUUUCGACUGACCUAUAUCAUGAUCCUGCAUCUCCUCCGUGUUGAAGAACUGAAGGUGGAGGAUAUGCUAAAAAGAAGUUUUGCUGAAUUCCAUGCUCAGAAAAAACUUCCCGAGAAACAGCAACUUCUAAUGCGAAAGCUUGCCCAGCAAACAAAAACUAUUGAAUGCAUAAAGGGUGAACCAGCAAUAGAGGAGUACUAUGAGAUGUCCUCAGAAGCUGACACACAUAGCACCAAGAUAGUGGAGGCAGUCAUGCAGUCCCCUGGCUCCCAGCAUUAUCUUAGUCCUGGAAGAGUGGUGGUUGUAAAAUCAGAGUCAGCCCAGGAUCACUUGCUAGGCGUUGUUGUGAAAGCACCUUCUUCUAACAAUAAGCAGUACAUAGUUUUUGUGCUGAUGCCUGAAUUGCCUUUGACAUUGCAAAACCCAUCAGAUAGUAGCAACUUGAAGGAUGAUAAAGGUGCUGGUUUACAGAUAUUGAUACCUAAGUCAAAACGUGGUCUGGAGGAUGAUUAUUAUUCUUCAGUCACUUCUCGGAGAGGUUCAGGUGUUGUCAACAUUAAAUUACCUCAUCGUGGUACUGCUGCUGGGAUGAAUUAUGAAGUUCGAGGAAUUGAUAACAAAGAGUUCCUUUCAAUAUGCAACUGCAAAAUAAAGAUUGAUCAAGUUCGACUUCUGGAAGAUGUCAGUGCUGGAGCCUACUCGAAUACUGUACAGCAGCUGCUGUUAUUGAAAUCUGAUGGAAAUAAGUACCCUCCACCUCUAGAUCCAGUCAAAGAUCUGAAGCUGAAAGACCUAGAUGUUGUUAAAGCCUAUCAUAAAUUGAACAUUUUGUUGCAAAAGAUGGCACAAAAUAAAUGCCACGGAUGUGUCAAAUUGGAGGAGCAUAUUAAGUUAGCCCGUGAAUUGAAGCGGCACAGAGAGGAAGUCAAUACCUUGAAGUUCGAAAUGUCAGAUGAAGCACUGCAGCAAAUGCCUGAUUUUCAGGGUCGGAUUGAUGUUUUGAAGGAAAUCGGUUGUGUAGAUGCUGACCUUGUGGUUCAAAUAAAAGGCCGUGUUGCUUGUGAAAUGAAUUCUGGGGAGGAAUUAAUAUGCACUGAGUGCUUGUUUGAGAAUCAGUUCGAUGACUUGGAACCAGAAGAAGCUGUGGCAAUUAUGUCUGCCUUUGUCUUUCAGCAGAAAAAUACCUCUGAACCUUCUCUUACACCAAAGCUUUCUCUGGCUUGUAAGAGAUUGUACGAUACAGCAAUAAGGCUAGGUCAACUUCAAGCAAGCUUCAAAAUACAGAUCGAUCCGGAAGAGUAUGCUCGGGAGAAUCUCAAGUUUGGUCUCGUUGAAGUGGUUUACGAAUGGGCAAAGGGCACUCCAUUUGCUGAUAUUUGUGAACUCACUGAUGUUCCUGAAGGUUUGAUAGUCAGGACCAUAGUUAGAUUGGAUGAGACAUGCCGUGAAUUUAAAAAUGCUGCUGCGAUCAUGGGUAAUUCUGCCCUUUACAAGAAAAUGGAAACUGCUUCGAAUGCCAUAAAGCGCGACAUUGUCUUUGCUGCUAGCUUGUACGUCACAGGGUUGUAACCUUGUUGAAGUCGAAAGGCCUUGAUUUGUGCCAAUCACCAAUACAUGUAAAUGGACUCUUGUUGUACACUAGUCAUCACCAUGAAUUGGCUGAUUUUUUUAGUUAGAGUUUGAGAUUUUUUAGUAUUCGUGAUCUACUUGUUAGGAUGAACUUAUUGAGAAUUAUCAAGCUUAACUAAUCGCUUUGAUAUGUAUAUGAUAAAAUGGUGAAGAAAAUUAAGCGGAUC